AUGUCUUCCAACGACCAGCAACACGAUCAUGAGGAGGACGCUUAUAUGCAGGCCGAUGAUGCUGAAGAGAUCUUCGAUCGUGAUGAGGAUCACCAUAUGUCAGACGGAGAAUACGAUGACCAGAAUAUGACCAUCCAAGAUGAGAUCACCUUCCAAAACGACUCAGCGGCACACUUCGACUCGCACUCAGACUCUGUGUUUUGUGUUGCGCAGCACCCAGUUCACAACAAUAUCAUCAUUACUGGGUCUGGUGAUGACACAGCUUACAUAUUUGAUUCGACACCCGCACCACGUCCCGUUCUCCCCUCCAGCUAUGAAUCCAAUCCUCAACCCAGGGAGCGGGAGGCGCUAUCGCCUCUGGCCAAGCUUGAUGGACAUACUGACACUGUGAAUGCGGUGGUCUUCACCGAACCGGCGGGAGCUUAUGCCAUCACGGCUGGUCUGGAUGGCAAGCUACGAGCUUAUCGUGAUACCACACCUCAGAAGACCGGACUGGCAUGGGAGUUCUUUGGUGAGGCCCAGGAAGUGGAGGAAAUCAACUGGAUGGCCGUGUGCCCCUACCAGCAGGGCAAUGAAGCGACCCAAAAUGUCGUUGCCAUUGGUUCCAAUGACGGCAGCGCAUGGGUCUUCCGUAUCGAUCAUACUGAUUCCGCCCAACCUAUCUCCAUCAUCCAGACCUUCUUCUCUCAUACCGAAUCUUGCACUGCGGGUGCAUGGACGCCUGACGGAAAUCUGCUGGUGACUGUUUCUGAGGAUGGAAGCUUCUAUGUUUACGAUGUCUUUGGAGCCGCCGCCGCCGCCGGCAUCGAAUACUCCCCUGGUACCAAUGCUGUGCUUGGAUUGACCGCAGAGGAUCAGCGCUUUGCUGUCGAGGGUGGUCUUUACACUAUUGCCAUUUCUCCUAGCGGAGGCAUUGCUGCUGUCGGUGGUGCAGAGGGUAAUAUUCGCGUUGUCGGCCUCCCUCGAGUCACAGCAUCUGUCCCGGCAGCCAAGGGCAAAGGCAAAGGCCAAGCUUCUCAAGCAGCUGGUGCGACCGCUGCAGGCACCAUCAUGGCCGCGCUGCAGACUCAAACCGACGGUAUUGAGUCGCUUUCCUUCUCCCAGGCUCCAUUCACCCUUCUGGCUGCUGGAUCCGUUGAUGGUUCAAUUGUGAUGUACGAUGCAGCUCAUCGGUUUGCAGUCCGUCGGCACAUUAGGGAUGCCCACGAUGGUAGUGCCGUUGUUAAGGUUGAGUUCCUGCCAAGCCGUAAACAACUCGGAGCAGCUGUCUCGGGACCACUUGCCUCUGCUUCCGCAGCCCAGCAGAGCCGCUCUUGGAUGCUCACCUCUGUUGGCCUGGAUGGCGUGGUCCGCCGUUGGGACGCACGUGGUGGUACCACCGCGGCUGCUCAGGGUUUGAUGCAGGAGUGGAAGGGACACAUGGGUGCCACGGAAAAUGACGAAGGCGAGCAAGCCGGUGGUAUCAUGGGAUUCGUGCAGACCUUUGAUGGAAAGCGCAUUGUCACUGCUGGUGACGAUGGUAUCUCGCUGGUGUUUGAGGAAUAG